GAGCAGACCUGCGGUUCGUCUGGUACCUACGUCGACACGAACGAGGCGCCGGGCGGUCCUCGAGCAAGUGAGAUGGCCUCGAGAACCGAAUGCGACGGUCGCCCUGACAUCGCCAUGG